AUGGCUCAUACUCCUCAAUACCGAUGGAUCGACGGUACUGAGGAUUUGGAGGGGUACACAAAAUGUGGCUAUCAUCCCAUCGAAAGUGGGAACGUCCUCCACGACAGAUACGAUAUCGUGGGCAAGCUCGGUUAUGGCGGCUGGUCCACCGUUUGGCUGGCGCGCGACUCUCGCCAGAAACAAUACGUCGCUUUGAAAGUGGGAAUAGCAGACUUCUUGCCUCACGAGAUUGAGGCUCUUCACGAGCUUGAGCCGUCAUCUCCCCCGGCUAAUGGUUCCGAUGCGAUCCCACGUAUCCUCGACGAGUUUCGAGUCCGGGGCCCAAACGGCUCUCACCUUUGCUACACUACCGAGCCUGCUCUUUGUACUUUACGAGAGUGCUCGUUUAGCCGCCUUUUCCCGCUCCAUGUUUCUCGCGCCUUGGCGUACGAGCUCGCUCUCGCAGUUGCUUAUAUGCAUUCGCGCGGCUAUGCACACGGAGACCUUCAUCUCCAGAAUGUUCUUAUCAAAGCUCCAUCGGCCUUUAACCGACUGUCCAUCCAGCAGUUUCGCAACGGGUAUGGCGAGCCAGUCACGUAUCCCGUCGAGAGGGAGGAUGGAAGUGCUCUUCCGCCGAACGUCCCCAAGACGGCAGUAGUUCCGCUCUCUAUGGGGAAAAGAGCAGAGAGCUUUGCGCUUUCAGACGCGCGUCUUCUUCUUAACGACUUCGGGGAGGCCUUCACCCCAGCGGCGAAGUCGCGGCUAGGAGCACACUGUAAUACGCCAGUGGACUUUCGCCCGCCAGACGCCCGCUUCGAGCCAAACGUUCCUUUGUCCUUCUCUGCAGAUAUUUGGAGUCUUGCCACUGCUAUCUGGGAUAUCCUUGGUAUGCAGCCACUCUUUAGUACUGCUUUCUCCUCCGAAGAUAGGGUCAUGUGUCAGAUUGUCGACGUUUUGGGGCCCUUGCCGAGCGACUGGUCUAAUAAAUGGGAAGCAAAGACGGACUUUUUCAAUGAUGAUGGCACCCCAACGUCUGGAAGAUAUAUAUGGUCGAAGAUGGGGGAGGCUUUCGAGGACCGCGUGCAACAAUUCCGGCGGGAGGAUAACAUGGGUGAGCUCGGCCGAGAGGAAAUGGUUGCCAUCUUGGACAUGUUGGGCCAGAUGUUAAAGUCCAAGCCCCAAGAACGGAUCACAAUAGAGGAGGUGCUUGAAUGCAAGUGGAUGGCCAAAUGGGCUCGACUCGAUUAUAAACGAAGCCAAGCGGCAAGGUAA